AGUAGCUGUUUCUUUGCUGCUGCCCCUACCUUUAGAGAGAAAAACAAGUGAGAAAAAAAGAUGGCCUUGUACUUCUCAAUCCUUUUAUAAAUCCAUUUGCUACUCCAUUCACUGGUCUCCAUUGCCAUUCUUCUCCAUCUUCUCACUCCACAGAUCAAAAGAGUUUUGAAUCAAUGGCAUUAGCAACAAUGCUAGUAGUGACCACACUGUUAAUUGUUUCGGCACCGUUAACCAUGGCUAAAACUGUCGAAACUCUACCCCCGGCACCGUCUCCCGGCCCGGAGUUUGUUAACCUUACUGAACUUCUCACCAAUGCCGGCCCUUUCCAUACCUUCCUCAAGUAUUUGACUCAGACUCAAGUCCUGCAAACAUUCCAAGACCAAGCUAACAACACAGUGCAAGGAAUUACCAUCUUUGUUCCUAAAGAUUCAGCAUUCUCUUCUCUUAAGAAGCCUUCACUCUCAAACAUCACUCAAGAUCAGCUCAAGACACUGCUUUUGUACCAUGCAUUCCCAAAAUACUACUCUUUUACUGAUUUCAAGAACCUAAGCAAUAGCAAUCCUGUGAGCACAUUUGCCGGUGGGCAGAACACUCUUAAUGUCACUGAUGCUUCAGGGCUUAUCAGAGUGAAUUCCGGGUGGUCGAAUCCGAAAAUCAGUAGCAGUGUGUAUUCUGCAUAUCCAGCGGCUGUUUAUCAGAUUGAUAGUGUUCUAAUUCCGGCAGCAAUCUUCGGUACUGCUCCACCUCUUCCGCCAGCUCCCGCUCCCGCUCCCACUCCUGUUUCCGAUCUCACUCCGCCUUCUGAUUUGGCUCCAUCGGUGAACAAUCUCGCUCCAAAGUCAUCAGGAUCUGCAAAUACUGCAUCACCUUCAGCUUCCAAUGUUAUCAGCAUUGGUGUCUUCAGUUAUUUGGCUGCUGCCAUUUCUGCUUGUUUGAUGCUUGUUCUGUGAGUCAUUGUGAUUUCUAUUGUCAUUCAUGUUUGCUGUUGUUUUACACUCUAUUUUGUUAUGAAAACUACAUGAAACCUUCACUUUCAAUUGCA